UCUAGUGUAUGUGAUAUAUUCAGAGAGUUAUGACUUAUGGUUUUGCUAACCAUUCAGAAAAGAAAGUAACCAAUUUAUCUGUUUUCUUUUGGUGCUAAAUCAAAGAAAUCAAAUUAGAAUCCCAUGAGAAGCCCAUUCUAGUAUUCUCUAAACAAGUCCAUGCUAGUCUUCACUCGUCAAACAAAAGCAAACUUUUUUUUCAAACAAAAGCAAACUUUUUUUUCAAACAAAAGCAAUUUCUAAUGAGUAGUUUCAAUUAAGUCUCUUUCAACUUCAAGCAACUCUUCUCAAUUAAAUUUGUUUAGCUUCUAAACUUUUGAGCGCCACAGAAAGAAGGUCAGAAUCUUGAAGAAUCUCUCGGUCUUGGGUUUAAAGAAAGAAGCAGAAAUUGGGAAAUACGUACCAGUUAUCAUCACUAAUCGAGACGUGUCCUGCCUUUGAAGCUGACACAUUAACACAACUCACCCAACACCGGACCCUCUUUUCAUGCUGUUUACAAGGAAGAAUGAUACGUCUCUUCUUUAUUACAUUACAACACACAAAGAGAUAGAGAUGUGUAAUAGACUAUUUUGGCGUUGCUCACCAACCUAAUUUCCCUUCAUCAACAACUCGUGUCGUCCUUUUUUGUUCAAGAUACUAUUAUAAACACGCCUCCCGCGUGAAACUAAAAAGCAAACAUCAUAAAAACAUACAAACAUAAUUCUUCUGGCCUCACUGCCGAUUUGUGAUGGAGAAGAAGCAGGCCAUUCAUGGAGAUGAUGGGCAUGAUUGUGUUCCUCCUAUCCAUAGCCAAGUCGUUAAGAUCAAGAAAGAGUUUGAGAAGAUACAACACCCGUCGCUAAGGCAGCCUGAGAUGCCAAGAGUGCUUCGAGAGAUCACGUUUCCACGGCGGUCCCGUUCUCCGCUCGGGUUAGGAGAAAGAGAGAGACCCAUCCCCGUUGGAAGCUGAUAACAAAGAGAUAUAAAGAGAGCGGGGAUAGGUUAUCUUCUUGUGUAUUAUGGUUUCUCUUUUGUUUUGCAAUGUAAAUAUAUUUGGUUAAUGUGAUGAGUCUCUUUUCAAUA